AUGGGCAAGAAACGUUUAGGCGCGCUAGAAAAAGUUGAUGCAGACCUAUCAAAUCUUCAAUAUAAGAUCAGAAAGGAUCCCAAGUCAUACAGCGAAGAUUUUCUUAAUCAGUAUCAGCAAUAUCAAUCCCAGCGUGAUAUAUUUCUAGCUUCUCCUGGCGCAACAACUACAGGUGGAAUAACCUCGUUUCAUGAUCUUAUCGACUUCGUCGCUCAUGUCGCAGAAUGCUUCCCUCGAGAAACGGUCGAAUUUCCCGGAGACUUGAAAAAGAUUCUUACCACUCACCAUGCCCACUUAGAAAGUGAGUUGCGUGAGAAAAUUGUGGGAAGCUUGGUCUUAUUGAAGAGGAAAAACAUCAUAAAUUCCGCAGAGCUUCUUGAUACUUUACUUCCUAUACUUUUAAAGACCCCGAGUAAAACUUUACGCACCGUGCUGUAUCAGAAAAUAUUAUCAGAUCUUCGCAACUCUAAUUCUAAAUCGACAAAUCACCCUUUAAAUAGGUCCAUGCAGACGACUCUACAUAACCUCCUAACAUCCGAUCUCUCCUCACCAAAAGGUCUCUGGGUAGUUAAAAUAACGCGUGAGCUAUGGAGACGACAGAUCUGGGUAGAUGCCAAAACAGUCGAGAUCAUGAAAGAAGCAAGUUUAGUAGAUAACGUCAAGGUAAUUGGAGGUGGGAUACGGUUUUUUUUGGGCGGCGAUAAAGAGCGGGAAGAAUUAGAUGACGAGAGUAGUGACGAAGAUGGAGGGAUCGAUAUUGGAAAAUUAAAGCAUCAAGCAGGUAUUAACAAGAAGAGAAAGAAGACUAAAAAGAAUAUCGAGGAAGCUGUUAAGAAAUUAAAGAAACAUGAAAAAAAGAAGAAGUCCCCGCACCCGCUUAACUUUUCGGCUUUCCACCUUCUGCACGACCCGCAAAGUUUUGCUGAAUUACUUUUCUCAAAACACCUUCAAAAUACCAAAUCGAAACUUAACCUUGAACAAAAAUUACUUGUACUACAGCUCGUUUCUCGACUGAUAGGCCUACACAGAUUGACAGUAAUUUCGCUUUAUUCAUACUUCACCAAGUAUCUCACGCCACGACAACCCUCGGUAACUACUUUUCUUGCCUGUCUCGCACAAGCAACACAUUCUUUAGUUCCACCUGAUGCACUAGAACCAUUGGUUCAAAAAAUUGCUAAUGAGUUCGUAUCCGAAGCUUCUGCUUCCGAGGUCGCAUCGGCUGGUCUUAAUGCCAUUAGAGAAAUUUGUGUCCGGCAGCCUUUGGCCAUGAGCGACACUCUAUUGCAGGAUCUAGUUAUGUACCGUAAAAGUAAAGAUAAAGGAACUAUGAUGGCUGCAAAAGGUCUCCUUUCGCUGUAUCGUGAAGUAGGUGCUGAUCUACUCAAAAAAAAAGAUAGAGGGAAAUCUGCAACUAUAGGCCUUAAAUUAGGAACGAUAAAAGGGCGUCGAUUUGGUGAAGAAGAGGUUGGCUGUAUUGAGGGACUGGAACUACUCGAGGAAUGGAAGACUCAGGAGCGCGAGCGAAGACGUAUCGAGAAAGGCCUUGUAUCAGGCGAGGAAGAUUCUGAGUCUAACUUUGAUGAGAACGAAGCAAAUGGAUGGGAAAAUUGGGAUGUACAAAGCAAUACUUCAGAAGAUUCCGGUGGAUGGAUUGAUGUGGAAUCGGACGCUGAAAUAGAAUUAUCUGAUAGUGAUGAUGAUAAGCCCCCAACAAAAAAAACGAAAUCUUAUCCCGCCAAAACUGAUGAGGUUCUAGAAGAUAAUCUGAAAGAGCAAAGCAUAAGUCGCAGCCUGAACCUUGCAACGACUCAAAUUCUAACUCCAGCCGAUUUGGCAAAACUACAAGAACUUCGUAAUAUUACAGCCCUUAAAGGCUCACUUCAGUCAUCCAAGAGUACAAAAAUGGCAUCUUCUCGUCUAAAGGCUAUGGCUGAAAAGCAUGUUGAUGAUGCUAUCACAGCAGAAUCCAUCGAGGGACUCUCAAAAUUGCGACGCUCAACCAAAAAUGAAAUGGUAGCACUAGCACGCGAGGGCAAAGGCGAUCGUAGCGAGCACAAAAGCACACAGGCGUUGCGACGUCUUAAGAAAGAGGGCGAGGGUAAAAGCAGCACAAACAAGGAGAAAGCUCGCAAAAAGAAUUUCCUUAUGACACUUGGAAAGGCCAAAAGUAAGCAGAAACGAAGUCUCGUGCAAACGCGCCGGGUGCUGAAGGGUCAUAUCGAACGCAGCAAGAAGGGGGGAAAGCGAGGAAAUAUUGGAAUGUGA